UUGUCUAGACGGGGCUUUUAUUUUGAAAAUCAUCGUUCGGGUUCGAAAUUUCCUGUUAACUUUUCUUACUUCAUUUCAUUCUGCGAAUCUUAGCUGUAAUUGUUUUAAAACACGCGGAGCGCAAUGGAAAAUACACAGUAGGAAUGAGCCAAAUCAGACACGUGAAGACAACAGAUUUAUGUAAGCGAGUUUAGUGCGAGUGUUUUAGUUUGGUGUUUUCGCUCGUCCAGUGAUGUGGAUGGAGCUGGAUUGAGCUCUAGACAUCAUAAAUGUGAGAAGUUCGUGUGUUUUUUAGGAUUACUGAUUUCUCCUCACCAAAUCACUCAACUGUAAUAAAAACAUGGAUGUGGAUGUGGUGAGUUUCCGUUUGCCUGGGCAUGGGGACACCGCCCUGAGCAACAUGAACUUCCUGCGGACACAGCAGCACUUCUGUGAUGUCACCAUUGUGGCUGGAGGCAGACGCAUGUUCAGGGGUCAUAAGGUCGUGCUGGCUGCUUGUUCUGCAUUUCUUAGAGACCAGUUUCUUCUGAACCCCUCAUCAGAGCUACAGCAGGUGUCAAUGUUACACAGCUCAGCGGUGGUCUGUGAACUCCUCCAGUCCUGUUACACAGGGAUGCUGCAGUUCAGUUCCAAAGAGAUUGUGAACUACCUGACUGCAGCCAGCUACCUGCAGAUGGAGCAUGUGGUGGAGAAAUGCAGAGGAGCCCUGAGCCAGUACAUGCAGCCCCGGAGUCGCAGCCCUAUUACUGUGAAAUCAGAAGACCCUCAGUCUAUGCCAGUGAUUGUCAGUGGAAGUACCCAUUCAUUGGGAUCCAUCUCAUCCCCUUCUGAUACGGCAUCACUGCAUCCUCACAGUUCAGGAAAGGAGCUCCAGGCUGCCGAUGCUGAACUCUCCAACAUCCCUCACAAAGAUGACAGUGAUUUGACCAUGCACCAUGUUAAAGCAUCAGAUGCAUCUGGCCACUUCGAGGGAGAGGAGGGGCAUGAGAGUGACAUCUUUCAGGUGCAGAUCAACGAUGAACAUCAAGACCCAGAGAAGAACCCCGGUGCUGAGGAGGAAGAUAGAGAAGCUGUUGUCAUGUUAGACGACCACGGUCAGCUGGACGCAGGCGUAGAUGAGUCCAAUAUGGAGGGCCGAGCCAAAGGCAAUGGCCUCAGAGGGACAGGCCGCAUGUGGAGACGACGACACGGAGAGCACAGGGGAGGCAGAGGAAGAGGGUUUAAACACAGGAAGCGGUAUACUUUCAAGGACCGAAAGCUAUUGGGUAACUAUCAGGAGGCUUGGCGUUUCCCAACCCCUGAUGAGAUCAUGGGCAAUUUUGGAGCGGACUUUGGAGCUGAUUACCUGUCCAAUCAGCAUCUCGCAGACGGUACUAUCCGCAUUGACUACAGGCCUGGAGAUGGACAAGGAGAAGAGAUUGGCUCUGAUGGAGGUCCUGCACACUUCAGUGUGGAACCUUCCAGCGGGGAAGAGGGGAUGGGAGUUGGGACGCAUACAAAUGAACACGGAGCUGCUGACGAGUCCGUGGCAGUGGUGGGAUCCACGUCCUGCGUAACGGGACCAGUGGUGUGUGAGCAGUGCGGACUAGCGUUUUCCUCAACGCAGGACUUAGCCAUGCAUUCCCUGUCAACACACCGGCUGUACGUGUGUCCAUGCUGUGGCAAGCACUUCAGCCACUCCAGUAACCUCAACCGCCACAUGAUCGUCCACCGUGGAGUUUCCAAGCUCCACUGUUGCCCCCUGUGCCACAAGACCUUCACUCAGAAGUCAACACUGUGCGACCACAUGAACCUGCAUAGCGGAGAGCGCCCGCACGUGUGUGCAUACUGCCACGUCAGCUUUGCCCACAAGCCUGCUCUACGCCGCCACCUGAAGGAGCAACACGGAAGGACCACGGCCCAAAACUACCUGGAAAUGCAGCGAAACAAUGAGAGUGGUGUUGGGGAAGGGGUUUAGAUCAAAUUGAAAUUGUUACUGUGUAAAAAGUGCAGUAUGUAAUAAUGACAGGUUGUGGUUGAAAUGGGUACUGCGGUCUAAAUUCAAAAUAUUGUUUCUCACACCCCCUCUUCCUCAGACUUAACACCCGCAUGGGUUGUCAGAUUGAGGACAUGUAACUGACAAUGGAAGGCGAUUAACCUAAAGCCCACAGUAUACUUCACCUUUUACGUGUACGCGAGAGACAGCGUACAGUGCGUUACAUGCACCACCCAAUUUUUGUAACCUCACAUACUUUUUACACGCAGGUUGCACAUGCGUAUUGAAGUUGUUUUGCAGUAAUCAGUUGUUCCACAGGGUGGCAGCACUACCCCGCACCAUUGUUUCACAGUUGAAAACGAAACCAAAGAGACAGAACAACAACAACAAAAUAGCAGAGACCAGUGUUACCAAGUCCGUGGUUUUCCUGCAGAAUUGGGCUACGUUAACACUGUUGCCGUGGGUUGGGUAAGCGACCCCAAUAACGUAAUAUUUAGGUCCUGGAAUACUAAUUUUACCAGGAAAACCCCGCCAAAAAACGUGUAUUUUACCCCCCAACCCCCUCGAAACGCAUUUUUUAUCUAAAUGCCAUUGGGCUACUUUUGGGCUAGUUUUGAGUAGCAAUUGGGAGGGUUUUGUUGUGAAAACCUGGCAGCCUUGGUGGAGACCGCAACAACAACAGACAGUCACGUUGACAAGUGCUUGUGAAUGAGAGGGUAUGAGAAAGUGAGUUUAAAAAAAUUUUUGUUAUUGGUCAUAACUUAUAGGAGAAAAUAGAGCAGACACUGGACUUGGAUGAAGCUUUCUAGAAUGCAUGUGUUGACCGUCCACAUUCACACACAUCAUCAAAUGGAGUGUACUUUGAAAUAGAGCUGCACGAUCAGUUGUUAAAAAAUCAAGAUGGCAAUUCAAACACCCACACAAUCUCAUUUCUAAAUGACAGCGAUUCUCCAUUUCUAUUGCCGGAGGAUUCAAAUCUGUGUUCAUACUGCCGCUGACACAGAGAGCAGACAGCUUCACAACAGUCUUUUCAAAUACACAGUAUUAUUUUUGUCUUAUAGUCGAUCAUAUUAUAACACAAAUACUGGGAUUAAAUGUCAUAGUUCAGAUAUAAACAUUGAUGUCUAUGGUAGUGAUCAAAAUAGAGCAUGUCAUCUUUUGAAAGUAAUUGUCGCUUCAAAUAGCAUUUGUUUCUAUUGCAUUGUUUCACCACUAGGUAAAAGCAGCAAGUAACUGUUAAAAAUGUGUUUGUCAUUGAAUCAAGAGAUACGUUAAAAAAUGCUGAUUCAUCUAGUAAUUAAACAAGUGAAGUAUUUAUGAAUGAGUCAUUGAAUCAUUCAAAACACUUCAUAAUUUUAAUAUUAAAAAUUGGUGUAUUAAAUGGAUUGUAUAAAUAAAUAAGUAAAUAUAUAUAUAUAUAUUUAAUAAUUCAUCCAAAUUAAUUGAACACUUUUAAACAAACUGAAUCGUGGAAGAAUCAUGAUCUAUUUGAGACCAAAAAAUAGUGAUUCUCAGUUUAACGAGAAUCGUGCAGCUCUACUUUAAAUACGCGUUUGACUGUAAGCACAUGCUAGCGUACACGUACAAAAACUAAGUAUACUUUGGGCUUUACACUGUAAACUGAUGAGUUGUUUUAUCUGUGUUUUAAUAUGCCUGUGGUCAUGGAGCUUUUUGGAUUAAUCCCGAGGCUUUUUAGGUUGGGUAGAAUCUGCGAUCUUUGCGGUUCGUUUGCUCACUUUCAUGGUUGCAGUAUACUGUGUUGUCUGCAAUCUGGCAACCCAGGCUGUCUAAAUACUAUUGGGUAAACUCUAAGUGGGCGGAUUCACACAGACCAAACAAAAAUGGGCAUUCUGACAUGGAAUGCACGUGUAACAUUGUUUUUUGGAGAAACAAGUAUGUGAACUUAACAUUGGUGUUUUUAUGCUUUAGUACAGUCAAGAAAAUACAUAAAGCACCUUUAAUGAAAUCAGAUUUAACCCUAUUUACUUUCUUAAUACACAUUUCUAGGCUUGUUGUGCAUAAUUUAUCAGUGCACACAAUAGGUAAAAAUGUAUGUCUUUGUAAUUAGUGUGUAAUAACUGUAUUGUUGCUUCAAAAUGAUUCAGAAUUGUCAAUGUGCAGGCCCAACACUGCCAAAGCAUUUGAGCCUGGAGAGACUGAGUGACUUUAUAUUCACUCAUAGCAGCAGUUCAUCCAAUAAUGAAAAUUCUAUCAUUUGCUCAUCAUUAUUUUGUUUUCAUUUUUUCUUAACCAUUCUUGUUACUUUACUGUGCUAUCCAUGCUGAUCUGGCCUAACCGGUAUGGAUAUGAUUUUAUUUUCCACUGUGGGGUUGACAACCAAGCUCAUAAUACAAAUGUGUCAGUCAUUUCCUUGGUUAGGCAAGUGUUUACAUGCAGUAUGAGAUGGAUAGUGACUGUGUUAUGGAGGAUGCUCAUAUAUAUCUGUUUUCUUCGCUCAAAUAGUGCACUUGGCCAGCUACAUAUAGUAACUAGCAGCCAGAAUCAGAGAACAAACAAGUGAGCUAUUCUGAAUAGCAAUGUCACUACACUGAAAUCUAACCGUAACCAUUCCUUACUAUUUUUAGAACCAUUCAACCCGACAGUGGAAAAGCAGCUAAUGGUGUUGUUUAAAACUUAACAUUCUUCAGUAUAUCUUCAUCUAUGUGACAGAAUUUCCAUUGUUGGAUGAACUACCCCUUCAUACUACAUAAAAGCACAAAUACUACAGUUUUCUGUUUCUUUACAGGUUAAAAGUCUUUUACUACAAGUGAGAAGACAGUAGUGGAAUGCUAAGUGAA